GCCAUUGUGGAUACAGUUGACAACCUUCUGCGACCCGAGGCCCUGAAGUCAUGGCAGGACAUGAACCGCACCGAGCAAACUCAUGCAGCCACCAUGUUACUGGAUACACUAGAGGAAGGAGCCUUUGUCCUUGCUGACAACCUCGUGGAACCCGCCAUUGUCAAAGUUCCUGCUGAUAAUAUAAUUCUGGAUGUGUACGUGCUCGGCACAGAUGGCCAAGUCCAGGACUUUAAAUUUCCACAGUACAGCAAGAGUGGAAUCUCAAUUCAGCUGUCGGCCAACACAGUUAAACUAAACAGUCGAAAUGGAAUUGCCAAGCUAGUUUUUGUGCUGUACAAAAACCUGAGCCAGUUCCUUGGCACAGAGAARGCCACCAUCAAGAUGGCCAAUGAGGCUUACGGUCGUAACGUGUCAGUGGCCGUCAAUUCUGACAUCAUCGCUGCCUCGCUUAACAAGGAGUCCAGCCGUGUAUUCAUUAAUGACCCAGUGAUUUUCACCCUGCAGCACAUUGAUAUGGAGCACUACUUCAACUCCAAUUGCUCCUUCUGGAAUUACUCUGAGAGGAGUAUGAUGGGCUACUGGUCCACGCAGGGCUGCAAACUCCUGGACUCCAAUAAAACCCACACCACCUGUUCGUGCAGCCAUCUCACCAAUUUUGCCAUCCUCAUGGCACACCGUGAAAUCACAGGCAACAUUAGAGAUUCCCAUGAGCUGCUUCUUACUGUCAUCACUCGGGUGGGCAUCGCGGUCUCCCUUGUUUGCCUCACCAUUUGCAUCUUCACCUUCUGCUUCUUCCGAGGCCUGCAGAGCGAUCGCAACACCAUCCACAAGAACCUGUGCAUCAAUCUCUUCAUUGCAGAAUUAAUAUUCCUAAUUGGUAUUGAAAUGACAGAACCCAGGAUUGGAUGCGCCAUCAUUGCAGGGAUCCUCCACUUCUUCUUCCUGGCUUCCUUCUCUUGGAUGUGCCUUGAGGGAGUCCAGCUGUACCUUAUGCUCGUGGAGGUCUUUGAGAGCGAAUAUUCACGAAAAAAGUACUAUUACGCAUCUGGGUACCUCUUCCCUGCCAUCGUCGUCGGCGUUUCCGCAGCCAUCGACUACGGCAGCUACGGGACCAAGAAAGCGUGCUGGCUAAGUGUGGACAAUCAUUUCAUAUGGAGUUUUAUAGGACCUGUCACCUUUAUCAUCAUGCUCAAUCUCAUCUUCCUGAUGAUCACGAUGUACAAAAUGGUGAAGCACUCCACCACCCUGAAACCAGACUCCAGCCGACUGGAGAAUAUAAAUAAUUAUCGCGUAUGUGAUGGCUACUAUAAUACAGAUUUGCCAGGCUAUGAAGAUAAUAAACACUUUAUCAAGUCUUGGGUGAUGGGAGCUUUCGCCCUGCUGUGCCUGCUGGGCCUCACGUGGUCAUUUGGUCUCUUUUUUAUCAGCGAGGCCUCGAUCGUCAUGGCGUACCUGUUCACAAUAUUCAACACCUUCCAAGGAAUGUUUAUCUUCAUUUUUCAUUGCCUCCUCCAGAAAAAAGUCCGCAAAGAGUACAGCAAGUGCUUCCGCCACACGUACUGCUGCGGAGGGCUGCCCACCGAGAGCUCGCACGGCUCCACAAAGACAUCGACCACACGAACUAGUGCACGCUACUCUUCUGGUACACAGGUAGAGCAGGAAUUUUAUCAACUCGAGCAAUGUCAUAGUCGUAUCAGGAGAAUGUGGAAUGACACCGUAAGAAAGCAAUCUGAGUCCUCCUUUAUCUCAGGUGACAUCAACAGCACCUCCACCCUUAACCAAGGAAUGACUGGGAAUUAUCUACUAACAAAUCCUCUUCUGCGACCACAAGGCACUAACAACCCUUAUAACACCUUACUGGCUGAGACAGUCGUGUGUAACACCCCCACAGCUCCAGUGUUUAACUCACCAGUGACCUACAGAGAGACAAGGCACUCACUGAACAGUGCGGUGAGGGAUACAAGUGCAAUGGACACUCUACCGCUAAAUGGUAACUUUAAUAAUAGCUAUUCACUCCGAAAUGGGGACUUUGGCGACAGUGUGCAGGUAGUGGACUGCGGGCUUAGCCUGGACGAUGCUGCCUUUGAGAAAAUGAUCAUCUCCGAGCUUGUGCACAACAACCUGCGUGCCUGUAACAAAAGCCACCAACAGCAACAGCAGAGGCAUUCCACUUUACGUCAUCCACCCCCCCACCAGCAGCCGCCACAAUACCACCAUCACCACCACACGGAGCGGGCUCCGCCCAAGGUGACAGUGGUUGGUGGCAGCAGCAGCGAAGACGACGCCAUUGUAGCCGAUGCGUCGUCUUUGGUCCACGUGAGCGACGCCGUGGGCCUUGAGCUGCACCAUCAGCGGGAGCUGGAGGCGCCGCUCAUCCCCCAGCGGACUCACUCGCUUCUGUACGCACCCCAGAAGAAGGUGAGGACCGACGGGGGGGUCGAUACAUUUGUCAGUGAGCUGACACCCACCGACCCUGACAACAGUCCGCAAUCACCGAACAGAGACUCCUUGUACACUAGUAUGCCUAAUCUGAGAGACUCUCCGUGCCCGGAGAACAGCCCCGAUGUCGUGGAGGAUCUCUCCCCCACCAAGAGGAGUGAGAAUGAGGACGUUUACUACAAGAGCAUGCCUAACUUAGGGUCUGGCCACCAGCUCCAAGCCUAUUACCAGAUAGGCCGAGGGAGCAGUGAUGGUUUCAUUAUUCCCAUUAACAAAGAGGACUGCAUCCCUGAAGGUGAUGUACGAGAAGGACAGAUGCAGUUAGUGACAAGCCUUUAAAUGUAUUUAAAUCAUCUUCAAACCUCCCUGCCCUUUACACAAAUCUGACUUCUUGCAAGACACAGUAGUGAAGGCAGGAAAAGUGUUUUAUUAUUUUUUUAAGAGUCUAGAAGUUCAAUCACACAAAUGUACCACUUCCAAACUCCCCUUUCCCCCAUUUGCAUUGCCAUCGCCCCUCCACUUUCCUCCCUACCCUGCACACCCAGAGACUUGCAGCACGGCGACAGCAGUGCAACGUUUUAAAGAGACUGUACAUAAAAUGUAGAGUCAAAUUUCAGUUUUAAGAGACAAGCCAAUUAUGUAUUUAAAUGUGCUGCUGCUGUUGAAUCGUCGAGAAAACGGAAGGUGUGAGAACUGAAAUAAAAAAGGAACACAGAAACAUUACCGCAACGUCCAAACAGCAAUUUCUUUGUCAAAGAUUGUACAUACACUUCACAAAGUGGAACCAUUUUUUUCACCCCCACCCCCUCCCUCCCCUGACCAGGUUGUGGACAUGUUUGUCAUUUGAUCCUGAUCAGACUGUUAGAAAGGAAUAUAAGGUCUUGACCCACUCUCCAUCACCAUGAAGUUCGGAUUGUAAAACCACUAGCAAUCAAGCCCCUGGCCUUAUAUUUUCUUAAAUGUACCUUGAACAAUUGUCAAGGACAGAAGAAAAAACUGCUAGAAUAUAUAUUUUGUUGUAUUGCUAGUGUAAAAUAAAAAUUCACGAGAAAGCGUAAUUCUACAGAAACUUUUAAAUGCAAAAUUUAACAUUUGAAAGACUUAUUGUGUAGAGAAGAUGAAGACAUGUAAAAGCGUGUGUUUAUGGUUCCAACACUUCAUUCACAUUUAUAUGUUCAAGUGUAAAGGCUUAUUAAAAGAAAGGACAUGAUCAAUUACAAAGAUGCAUCAUCACUUUUUUUCCGCUUGUGAACAGUGUUUUUUGCCUAAUGAGUUCUGUUGAUAUUGUCCAUUGAAAUAUCUUUAUCUGACUUUGCCAAAGUGGCAUCACUGUAGUAGGAUGGGAUUGCAACAGCCCAGUUAAGGUAAUUAUGCAUUGCACAUUUCUUUUCAUUUUCAUUUAUCUUUCUUUUUUAAUUUAAUUUUUUAUUUUUAUUUUUUUGCAAUUAUGAUUGAAAUAUAUCUUUUAAAAGUCACAGCAGAGUGAUGGACAAACGCUAGCUAAAAACAAAACAGACUUUUGACUAUAAAGUUUUUAUCAUAAAUGUAGUUCUUCCGCUGGGGUUUGAAUAUUUUAUUUAUUGAAAUCUUUCCAAAAAAAGUAAAUGGGAAAUGUGUGAAUAUUUUCCCACACUGGUAUACAUGCUGUACUGUAGCUCAUUUUUUAAAAUGUAAACAUAAGGGGCUUAUCACUUAAGACUGAUGUAAAGUUCAACACUUGUUUAAGAAAUACAAUAAAUGUGAGAUUUUUGUCAAAAAGACAUUUGCUUUUUUAAUGGGUUGUGUUUUUGCCACAUCUUUAGAAAGCAGGUUUGACUAUUUUGCUAUGGACAAAAACUCACGUUUGACUCAGGUUUUAAGUAAGUCCCUUGAAAGACGAAAUUUGUUUUUUGGAAAAUAUAUUUGCUUUGUUUUUGUUUGUUUUUUUCUUUUUGCUAUUUCUUCGAUCACUGCAGAGUAGAAAGAGUUCACCAUGUGUGUUAGAGAAGCCAAAUUUGUCCAUGUGAUUCAAACAUGAGAAACUCAGGUAGGAAAAUUACAUUGUAAAUGUUUCUCUGUGUGGUUGUAACACUAAUAAAAGGUUGAAAACUGA